GCAUCCCUGUCCUAUUACUCUCUCCACCCCCCUUCACCUUCAGACUCAACUCAAGCUAUGUCUUUCAGGAGGCAAGUGAAAAACUUCGUGAAAAAUUACUCAGAGGCUGAAAUAAAAGUCAGGGAAGCAACUUCCAAUGACCCCUGGGGUCCCUCGAGUUCUCUGAUGCUAGCUAUCAGUGACAUGACUUUCAACGCGGUCUCCCUCUCAGAGAUUAUGCACAUGAUGUGGCAACGACUCAGUGACCAUGGGAAGAACUGGCGCCAUGUGUACAAAUGCCUUGCCCUGAUGGACUACCUCAUCAAGAAUGGCUCCAAGAAAGUUAUUCAGUGUUGUAGAGAGGGCUUGUGUAACCUUCAGAUGCUGAAAGAUUUUCAACACAUAGAUGAAGCUGGAAAAGAUCAAGGUCGCUAUAUCCGGGAGAAGUCUAAGCAAAUCAUAACUCUGCUGAUGGAUGAGCAGCUGCUUUUUAAAGAGAGGGAAGUGGCGAGUUGGACGAGACAGCGGACCUCCUACUCCAUGAUGUUUCCCACAAGAUUACCUGCCCCAGGGAACUCACCUGCACCGUGUGAUUCUGUCCUCAUCCCUGAAAGCCUAACCUCUGAAAAGAAGCAUUCACUCCUGACAAUUGCAAAUCUACGCAAUAAAAAAAAUACCUCCAAGGCAAGGCUGAGGCUGGAACAGUUCCAGGACAGCCCCUCGCCUCCUGGUUCCUCUCUGGCCAAGGACUCUCCUCCACUUAGGAUGAAGACAUGGAAAUCAACAGAGGACCUAACAUUGCUGCAUGACGAGUGUCCAAAACAACUUUUGCCUGAGAUACCUCCUUCCAUCACCUCUCCUACUUCCUGGCUUUCAGAAGGGGAAGCAGAAGUCUGCAAACUCUGGGAUGCAGAUGCUGUGUCUACUCCCUCAGAAAAAAAACCAUCAUUGCAGACAAAUACGAGUUUAGGCAAGAGAUUGGAGAAAGCCACCACAAAUACUCUCACAGAAAGUCCCCCACAAACUUCUCAGGAAGAGCAGAGAGCUGCAAAAAGCUUCGAAACACUGACACCUUUGCAGGCAUUCAGGCAGUCAGGUAAAGAUGAGUUCGUCAGCCUGGGUUUGAGGAUGUCCAAGUCAGCAUCCGUGUUCCCCAACCAGUCCUCGGUGGAAACACUCUACGUCUCACCCUCAUUCAAAACUGUCACCCCAGAGAAGGAGCCCAGAUCCAGUAAGGCCCUCCAGACACCUAAAAAAUCCAGACUCUGCUGGAUGGAAGAUAUGGAAGACGUGAGCCUCAAGCCCCUAGCCAUGCGGGUCUCCACCACCUCUGAGGUUGCAUCUUCCUUUUCUACUCUGUCUGUGUCGUCUCCUGAUUUGGUCCAUCCAGAGAAGUCAGCCCAUCACUUUCCCCUGGUCUUCACCAGCCCUUCCUUCUGGAUUCAGCCCCAUCCACAGCCAUCUUCUGCCCCCUUCACAUACAAAGAUGAAGCAGCCAGGGUUCACCACCCCUUUGCUCCCAGAAGCACGGCAUCUUCAGAUGAUGAGGAGUACCCCAUUAUCCCAGAUAACUCCAGUUCAGCUACAGAGAAGCCAGGUCACACUCCCAGCUGUAAUCAGGUAGCAUUCUCCACCCCAACAAGGACCUACUUCCCCUCAGUGCCCCAGGCUAGUUUGCAGACAAGCGAAGGCUUGCCCAGGGAAUCCCCCGAGUCAGGUUCUAUCCGCACACUUCUAGGUGAGGUGAGGGGUGCUGUGCUCCGACUUCAUGAAGACCUGAGCUUGGUAAUCCAGGAACUUAGUGUCAUCAACAGCUACCUAGGCAACCUGAGUGGCAGCAGCCAAGCACCCAGUGAGGCUCUAGAGGACCCCCAGUCUUCCAGGGGGAGCUCAGAUCCUAUCUAGUAGCCUAGUAAUUUUGCUGGAACACAAAUGAUUCCACUGCCCAAAGACCUGGGAGUCUUAACACUUCAGAGGCCCCCACUACUGUGGGGACAAAAAAGGCAAUGACUUAAUUUUUCAUUUUCAAGUUUAUUAGCACAUCUUUCAAACCGACAAAGACAUUUGGGUGCUGUUUUUU